ACAAUGGCGCUUGUAAGUUCAUUAAUAUCCAUUACAUAAAAACAAAAGGGUAAGUUCAAGUGGAAUAAUCUCUCCAACUGUAACACAAAGAAAAAGAGAGAUACUCCUAGAUGAGUUUUCAGUUCAGGCUAUUUGAUUCCCUCUGUCUUCCUUGUGCUCACACACCUAGUACUACACGAUGCAAUGCUCUUUUACAACAAAUAUUCUUGUGGUUGCCACGUGCCUCGCCAGUAAUUUAGAGGCUAAGAUUCUAGCUAUGCAUCGAACCAUUCAAGCCUUCCCGUGUCAGCCACGCGCUCGGGAUUAAUAUAAUGCUAAUAUGUCCAUCACAUGAGCUGGAUACAUCUAACUUGGCCAUCCUCCUUUUAGCACCCAUUUGCACUAAUUAGUCCAUCCUUGACUUGGAAAAUUUGUGGUCUUUCCAUAGCCAAAUGACAAAGAGGUGACAAAGGAUUAGGUGAGAGUUUACCUAGCUUGUGCCAUGAUUAUAAAUAGCUAUGAGCCCCUAGAUAUGUUCUGCCCAUACCAUUACCAUAGACGCAGGUCUUUCUCAGGAAGUGAAGAGAGCAGCAGAGUUGCAUAUCUUGCAGGGUUUAUCAGUUUGCGGCGUAAAAGGAGCAGUGUGUAGCAAUUAACUGAAACUCAAAUCGUCGACCGCUAAUUAACUGAGGUAUUCAGACAAAGAAUAACAGGCAUCAUGCAACGGUGGACGCGCAACGGGAUGCUGAACUUCUCGCAGCCGGCGUCGUCGUCGCCGUUCGGAUUCUACGACGCCGGCCACGGGGCGUCGAGCAGCGGCGGCAGCCGGUCGCACGGCUGCAGGAGCCAGAACAAGGACCAGCGCAACCUGGAGAAGAACCUGACCAAGGUGAGGAAGGAGUGGAUGAAGGUGAAGGAGGAGAUGGGCUACGCGAGGCUCCUCAGCGAGCACCUCAGCGAGACGGUGACGGAGACCGACCGGAAGGUGGCUGCCAUGCUCGAGGAGCUCGACCGGACGGACAAGUACAUGCAGGAUAUACUGUCGUCCCAGCAGAAAUAGUAGUGACCCAUGACAUCAGAUAUUCAGAUGCGUAUUUUGAUGGAUUUCUAUGUAUUUACCUAGCAGCUAGCUAGAUCGUCAGCUUCUUUUCUGGGCAUUUUUGCCAUUGUGGUAUUCGGUUUUUUAGCAGAUCGAUGUCCCGGUACAGGGUAUAUAUAAAUCAUAUGUUACCGAUAUGUUCUGAAA